AUGCCCGAAGACAAUCCCCCGUCUGCUGUUCAAGGCGCGAAAUCCAAGAAGAACAAGAAGAAGGGCGCAAAGGCGAAGGCCAAUAAUGCCCAACACAUUGGCAAUGACGAUCAGGGGCCUGAUACUACAACGAACCCAGAUAAUGACACUCACGACGAUCCCAACCCCGAAGCCGAGGACGACGAUGUGACGAAUUCCACCGGCGACGGAGACAACAGACCCAAUACAGCCGAUAGCAGUGCACCAAGCCAAACACAACCUGCCGAUGACCAGAAACCCGUCGACGUUCCAAUUCGAGUGCCUGAACACCCCGCGUCGAACGAUGCCGAGCCCGAACCCAAAGACCGCUUCGACGCCCUGGUGCGGGACCGAGACUCACUCCGUGCCGAAGUCACCGACAUGCGGAAGUCGCUCGAGGAGAUCCAAUCGAAACACAAGGCGGACAUGGAGGCGCUACAGCAGAAAUUGGACGACACCGAGACAAAGAAGGAGCAGGCAGAAACGCAAUUCCAGAAGCUCGUGGAGCGAGUCAAUGCGAUCAAGUCACAGCUCGGCGAACGACUCAAAGAGGACGAGGAAGAAUUAGCCAACGCGCGAUCCCAGAUCGAGGACCUAGAAGACGAAAACGCAUCCCUGAAGUCACAGCUCGAAACCAAGUCCACAGAACUAGUUGAACUCUCCGAAGAAUCAGCCGAGAAAUCAAAGGAGAUCGCCACACUACGGGACCGAUCGACACUGUCCCAGCAGAACUGGCUGAAGGAGAAAGAUGAGCUGGCAGCGCAAGAAUCAUAUCUUCAAUCCGAAUUCGAGCAGGCAAAAGAAGCAAUGCACAACUGGGAAGUCCUCGCAAUGGAAGAACGAUCCAUUCGCGAAAACAUGGGAGAGAAGGUCGCAGACCUCGAAGAGCAAUUGGGCAACCUUCGAGAGGCUUACGAGAAAGCCGCUGGUGAUCGUGACAGUCAGCAAUCUACGGUUGAUGGUCUUCAGCGAGCGCUGCAAGAGAUUCAAACAGCGCGGAAGCAGGAGCUCAGAGAACUUGUGGAAAGUUCCGACACCCAGCUCGAAGAGCUGAGACGGUCCCUACGUGAGGCGCAGCAGCAAGCCGGUGAUGCGGAUAAGAAUCUCCAAGCGGCGCAAGAGGAGCUUGAGCGGGCACGACCUUUUGAAAAGGAAGUCAAGGAGAAGAACCUUCUUAUCGGAAAGCUUCGUCAUGAAGCUGUUACUUUGAAUGACCAUUUGACAAAGGCCCUGCGUUUUUUGAAGAAAGGAAAGCCCGAAGAUAAUGUGGAUCGUCAUAUUGUAACCAAUCAUUUACUACAUUUCCUCGCACUGGAUCGGUCAGACCCAAAGAAGUUCCAGAUUCUUCAGCUUAUCGCGGCCCUUCUAGGCUGGGAUGAUGAACAACGAGAACAGGCCGGCCUUGCACGACCUGGCACCUCAAGUACUGGAAAACUUCGAGUACCAGGCACUCCUCUCCGCACCCCCAGUACGCCAAACCUAGCCACAGAAUUCAUGGACAACGGCGCAUCAAGCAAAGAAACCCUCGCAGAGUUAUGGUCAAACUUCUUGGAACAGGAAGCCGAGGUUGGAAAGAUAAGCGCAAUGCGGCGAGGAAGUCAUCCAGGUCCGCCGUCCCAGUGA